AUGGUUCGGAUAUCGCUGCCACGUCGCGUCGGGAGCCAUCUGAGCGCCAAAAGCAAUGCUAUGCCUCCUUCGGGCGAUCUCAGUCCUGCCCUUACGCCCUCAGGCACCGAUACCAAACCGCUGAUUCUCAAGGCCACUGUGAUAUCUGGGAGAAACCUAGCACCGAAGGACAGAAAUGGCUUGAGUGAUCCCUACUUGGUUGUAAGCUUAGGCGAAGCUCGACAGUCCACUCCCACGAUAACCAAAACGUUGAAUCCAGAAUGGAACGUCUCUUUCGACUUACCAAUCCUUGGGGUACCCCUCCUCGAAUGCAUAUGUUGGGAUAAAGAUAGAUUUGGCAAAGACUACAUGGGGGAAUUCGAUAUACCUCUGGAAGAUAUCUUUUCUGCUGGAACGAUCCAGCCACAGCCGCAAUGGUAUACGCUUCACUCUGGGAGGAAAGCGGGAAGGAAGAGUGGCGAUGUAUCUGGUGAAAUUCAGAUGCAAUUCACUCUCUUUGAUCCUACGAACCCGUCUGCUGAGCCAAACGAGAUCCUUCAGAAAUUUAAAGUAUUAGUGUCUAGCGAUGAUGAGGACGAAAUUAUCCCUGUUACUUCCCCUGACACAGACGACCUCGAGAAGGAGGACGAGACAACUGAUGGAACCGAUGAUCCCACCAAGCCAGAUGUCGUCGAGAAGCGCCGGCGCAAACUUCGACUUGCCCGUUUGAAACGCAAAUCCAUCGCUGCUAGAGCUUAUGAGUUCUCAGGCUCCAAGGAUGGCGUCUCCGGGAUUGUGUUUAUGGAAAUAGUGAAGAUCUUAGAUUUGCCUCCAGAGAGGAAUAUGACACGUACCUCUUUCGACAUGGAUCCCUUCGUUGUUACUUCUUUGGGCAAGAAAACGCUCAGAACGCGCGUUAUACGCCAUAAUCUAAACCCUGUUUUCGAGGAGAAAAUGGUUUUCCAAGUUAUGAAACAUGAGCAGUCGUAUUGUAUUUCCUUCACAGUCAUUGACAGGGAUAAGCUAUCCGGGAACGAUUUCGUUGCAUCGUCCAGUUUCCCCUUACACACACUUACACUGGCAGCACCAGUUGCAGACCCAGAGACGGGUUUAUACAAUUUACCUGGACCGCCAUCGGAACCUUCACCCACACCACCCGCUACUAAAUCGCGAUUCCGCCUCAAUUUGUCUCGAUCUUCAUCGGCUACUAGUUUGACGAAGCUGGCAAAGCCAUCACUGAGGACGAAGAGUUCAGCAACAUCGUUAUCUAGCCAAUCUGGGCAAGAACAACAAAGCACUACCCCUCCCAAUGUCCCAUCUGAGGCGUGUUCCCAGUUAAACCUUCCAGCAUCUGGGAAUAUGGUAGAAGAGCCCGAAAUUCCUGCUGAUGAAUAUGGUCUCAAGACUUACAUCAUCCCACUUGUUCUUAAAAACAAGGAGCGCUGGGAGGACAAGCAUUUCCCUGAACUUCAUGUGAAAGCGAAAUAUAUGCCGUACCCGGCCUUGCGCCAGCAGUUUUGGAGAGCAAUGCUGAAACAGUAUGACGCUGAUGAUAGCGCGCGCAUCAGCAAAGUUGAACUGACGACAAUGCUUGGCACUCUGGGUUCGACGCUCAAAGAGUCAACCAUAGAUGGGUUCUUUAAGCGGUUCGCGGCGGAAAAUGAACCUAGCGAAACCGUAGACCUCACAUUUGACCAAGCUGUUAUAUGCCUGGAGGAUACUCUUCAGUCCCUGCAGAAAAAAUCUUUGAGUGACAAGAUGAGAGACAAUAUUCCUCACCAUCCAGGCAAAGAGAGCUCCGAAAGUGCGAAUCAAUCCAGUAGUGAGGACAACGUACCUGAAAUUAGCCUCACACUGCCUUCAAAUACUGAUCCUGAGCGACCAGCUAUACCCACCAUUUCUCGUGAUGAACCUAGCUCUUCUGGGGACAGCGAAUAUAACCUCCACCCCGAUGACCUUGGCGAGGAUGGAGGUGAGGAACAUGUGGUCGAAGUUCGAGAAUGCCCAAUUUGCCAUCAGCCACGACUCGGAAAGAGAUCAGACGCCGAUAUCAUAACCCAUAUUGCUACCUGCGUCAGUCAAGAUUGGAGACAGGUUGAUAAUCUGGUUAUGGGUGGUUUUGUAACAUCUAGCCAGGCGCAGCGGAAGUGGUAUUCGAAAGUUAUUACGAAGAUAUCCUACGGUGGCUAUAAACUUGGUGCAAACUCUGCCAACAUCCUUGUUCAGGAUAGGAUCACGGGACAGAUUAACGAGGAGCGGAUGAGUGUUUACGUUAGACUUGGGAUUCGACUACUUUACAAAGGGUUGAAGAGUAGGGAAAUGGAGAAGAAACGAAUUCGGAAAAUGCUCAAGUCAUUGAGUAUUAAGCAAGGAAAGAAGUAUGAUGACCCUGCUUCCGCAGCUCAAAUCGUACCUUUCAUCAACUUCCACCAGCUGGAUAUGUCCGAAGUUCUCCUUCCCCUGAACGAAUUCAAAUCAUUCAAUGAGUUUUUCUACCGCGCUCUGAAGCCAGGUGCCCGCCCUUGCUCUGCGCCAAAUAACCCCAAAAUCGUCGUAUCGCCAGCGGAUUGUCGGUCUGUUGUCUUCGACCGCAUCGACGAAGCUACUAAGAUUUGGGUCAAGGGAAGGGAGUUCUCCGUGGAACGACUCCUGGGCAAGGCCUACCCGGAGGACGCGAAGCGGUACAAGAACGGCGCCCUGGGAAUAUUCCGAUUGGCCCCACAAGACUACCACCGCUUCCACAUCCCCGUCGAUGGCAUGAUGGGGACGCCCAAAACCAUCGAGGGUGAAUACUACACCGUUAAUCCAAUGGCGAUCCGUUCCGCGCUGGAUGUAUACGGAGAAAACGUGCGGAUCAUAGUUCCUAUCGAUUCGGUUGAGCAUGGUCGUGUCAUGGUCAUUUGCGUCGGAGCAAUGAUGGUUGGAAGCACUGUUAUUACCGCUGAAGGAGGCCAGAAGGUGGCGCGUGGGGACGAGCUGGGUUAUUUCAAAUUCGGCGGUAGUACGUUAUUAGUCUUGUUCGAACCGGGCAAGAUAGCCUUCGAUUCGGACCUUGUCGGAAAUUCACUAGGAGCCCUUGAGACUUUGGUCCGCGUUGGUAUGUCAAUUGGCCACCACCCUGACGAACCUGAAUACACUCCCGACAUGCGGAAGAGCGAGGAGAGUAUCACGGCGGAGGACCGAGCAGAGGCAAUGCGCAGAAUCGAAGGGAGCUUGAAUGCACCAUCUGACGAAUAG